UUCAAAACCAAACGUUUAGUUCUAUCUCAAACCUCAAAGACCAAAUUCUUAAAUCAUAUCGCGCGCUCAGUACUCCCUUCUUCUUCCCUCAGCUUUCCCUGCGUCUCGCCCGUCGCCGAUGGUUCUUGCCAGUCGCCGCUGGGUCUUGCCCGUCGCCGCUGGGUCUUUCCCGUCGGCGGUGGUACUCCAGCAAGAUCUCGGGUUUUUGUCGGGAUUUUAAUUUGGAAUUAAGUUAGAAAUUAGGGCUUGUGAAUUAGAAUUUGGGGAUUUGGGAGUUAGGGCUUUUCGUAUCGGCGGCAGAGCACCACUCGGAACCACUCCACAGCAGCGGCGUGAGUGACCGACGACAGCCCGCAGUGGUGGUCGACGGAGCAAGCUAGAGUACUUGCUGCAAGCGUUCUUCUGGCUAUAAUCUGGGCAAAUUCUAGAUCACUUCUUUUAGCAGUUGGUCAAGAUGAUCAAAUUGCAACUCAAGCCGGACACUAUGCUGAAUUCGUGAUCCCUGGUCUCUUUGCUUAUGGUCUUCUUUACUCACUUCAGAGAUUCUUACAAACCCAGAACAUCGUUUUCCCUAUGAUGAUAACUGCAGGGAUCACUACAUUACUGCAUUUGCCAGUUUGCUGGACUUUGGUCUUCAAAUGUGGUCUUGGAAACCGAGGAGCUGCCCUUGCAACUGGUGUAUCUUAUUGGAUUAAUUCUCGACACAGCUGCACUUGUGUGGAUGAUCCCCUUUGGUCUUAGUGGUGCUGUCAGGAUUUUUGGAAGGGUCAGAAUGUCUGCUAGAAGUUGUUGACUGAAUCAAUCCAUGCCAUAAAUUUAAUAAAUGUUUCAAUUGAGAUGAACUAUAGAUGAACAUUCCUCAUCCACCAAAAGUUGUCCAAUGACUGAAAUUAAACAGAUGCAGACACAAAUGAAUAAACAACAGGUACUGCAGUUUGAUACCGUUCCAUUUACUCAUGCGGCUUCUCAUUCGAGUGACAGAUCGAAGGAGACUGAUCAUAAGACUCUACGAAGGCUUGCUCAGAACCGUGAGGCAGCAAGGAAAAGCCGGUUGAGGAAAAAAGUCUAUACUCUGAGGAAUGCGCCUUAUGCUAGUGAGGAAAUUGAUGUGGUUCGUGAGCAAUGGGCUAAGUUUUUUACCAGCAAAUAUUUAUUAUUGGCCUGAUCGCGCUUGAUCGAGUUGGUUUAGAUGUUAUAGACCAAUCUUUUAUAUUAAAAUGUAUGCGUACAAUUAAAUUGGAACAUAUAUUUAAAUGUACGUGCACUUUGGUUUCAUGUAUACAAAACAAUAAUUAUUGUUUUUAUAUUUGUUAUACAGUUUGCGAUA